AUGACAGAGAGGACCUUUAUUUUAGCUAUUAGCACGGUCUCUGAGGUGACAGAGAGCAGCUUUAUCUCAACUACCAGCUUCACCUCUAAGACGACAGAAAGCAGCUUUAUCUCAACUACCACAUACACCUCUGAGACGACAGAGAGCAGAUUUAUCUCAACUAUCAGCAUCGUCUCGGAGGUGACAGAGAGCAGCUUUAUCUCAACUAUCAGCAUCGUCUCGUACAUGACAGAGAGCAGCUCUAUUUCAACUAUUAGCAUCGUCUCGAAGAUGACAGAGAACAGCUUUAUCUCAACUAUCAGCAUCCUCUCGGAGGUGACAGUGAGCAGUUUUAUCUCAACUACCAACUUCACCUCUGAGACGACAGAGAGCAGCUUUAUCAAAAAUACCAGCCUCACCUCUGAGGGGACACAGAGCAGCUAUAUCUCAACUACUAACUUAACCUGUGAGACAUCGGAGAACAGCUUUAUCUCAACUAUCAACAUCAUUGUGAACAUGACAGAGAGCAGAUUUACAUCAACUAUCAGCAUCGUCUCGGAGGUGACAGAGAGCAGCUUUCUCUCAAGUGCCAGUUUAACCUCCGACACAAUAGAGAGCAGCUUUAUCUCAAGUACUAGCUUCACCUCUGAGGGGACAGAAGGCAGCUCUAUCUCAACUACCAGCUUCACCUAUGAGACAACGGAGAGCAGCUUUAUCUAA